AUGGGGCUCUUGUGUGGAUGUAAAGGACCCUCAGGCCACUUAUGUCCCAUCAGUGGAAGCCUAGCGUGGGUGGAGACCCCCGAGACUGAACUCAGUGGUGGGAUCCAGCCUGCCCAGCUCUCCUACAUAGAGCCCAGAGCCAGCAGGGUGGGCUUCCUGGAGACGCAGGUGCUCCUGCGGGCUGGGGAGCAUGAGCAGGGGUCCCUUUGGGGGGGUGGAAGAGGCUGUGGUGCCGCUCAGGUGGUGGAAACUGAGCUAUGGCUGGGCCCCCUGGUCCUGAGUGAGGCCUUGCCAGUCUUGGAAGCUGUGCCAAAGGUGGCUUCAGGGAAGGAUUCUGGGAGAGGAGGAGGAGACACCAGCUUUUCGCCCGGCACCUCCAGUGGGCUGCGGUCCGCUCUCAACCUCACUGGACCAGCCCCCGCCCUCUCAGAGUCCAGGUUUCAGUUCUGUGGUCAUCUGGACUGUCCCAAGUGGGUCCUGGCAGAGAUUGGUACGCUGGCCAAGAUGUCCUCUGUGAAGUUGCAGCUGCUCUGCAGCCAGGUACAGGAGCUGCUGGGAUAGGGGAAUGAUUAUGAGAAGAUCCUGAAGCUCACAGCUGAUGUCAAGUUUGAGUCAAGCGAUAUGAAGGACACAGUAGCAGUGCUGAGUUUCAUCCUCUCCAGUGUGGCCAAGCACAGUGUCGAUGGUGAAUCCUUGGCCAGUGAACUGCAGCAGCUGGGGCCACCCAAAGAGCAAGUGGCCGGCGUGUGCCGCUGUUAUGAGGAGAAGCAAAGCCCCUUGCAGAAGCACUUGUGGAUCUGCAGCCUACGCAGCAAGUAUGAGGCCAGCCAGGCCCCCAAGUCCAGUCCUUCGGGGUCCACGAGGGAAGAAGCCCCUGGCUGUGUGACCUUGGGCUGGUGCCUGGCUGUCUCUGGCUCUGAGUUCCUGGGAACCUUGGCUCAAAGGCUCAAAGUGUCAAAGGUUAAGCCUGCCCCUCAGGAAGCAGCCCAGGCCCAGCCAGACACUCACCAGGACAAGGGAAACUCUGACGAGCAGGAGGCUCAGGAUGAGGAGAGCCACGGCAUAGCUGGAGAUGAAAACCACCUGGAGCCCAAGAAGCUGCCCCUCACCUUUGUGAUCCCAGGGACCCACUCCCUGAUCAUGAUGAAGGCGGACCCAAACCCGCAGGGGUGCCUGAAGGAGCAGGCCCCCUCUAGUGUCAUGCAGGCUCUGGUGGUGGCCAUCCAGCUUGGUGGCCAUCUGGCUGGUCCACACUUCCAGGUGGACCCUCUCUCCUCACAUGAAGUACAGAGGAACCUGGUGCCGGCCGCAGUCAACCCCGAUGUGAUGACCUUUCUACCCGCCCUCUUUGAUGUCUUGGUGCUGGCUGCUGUCUUUGGCCAGAUUGUGGGUUCAAAGACCAUUCCUGGGUUCCACCACCACCAAGCCUCAACAGUGUCCUGA